UUUUCAAGUAAUUAUGUGACUUGUAUCACAUACAGUGAGCAUCAAGCAGAAAUUUGGACUGUUAAAAAUCGACAGCUUUUUUAGAUCUAAAAGAAUUAUAGAAAAUUCCGCGCGAAAUCAAGUGACAACUGGAACAUUAAGUUAUGUCAGAUAUUCGUAGUAAAAGUCUCAGUUUGCCUCAGGUUUAUGAACACGACGGAUUGAGUACUUAUUCUCUUAAUCAACUAAAAUUGGACAAAAAGACAAAACAAUCUGUUUAUUACAUAUGUCAUGUUUGCUUAUUAAAAUCUAAAGAAGUGGAUUUAAAUGAUGAAUUAACUGAAGAAAAAGCCGAAUUUCUAAUUGAAAGUUGUUUGAAAAAACGUUUAGCUCAUUGUAAUCUAUACUGUUUACAAGAUCAAAUUCGAUUUGAAAAGUCAAAACAAUGCGGUUCCAAUCCACCAAGAAAGUUUAUAUUAUACAAGCACAUAAAAUUUAUGUAUAUAUCUGAAAACAAACCAUACAUGUUUAUAUUAUGUACAGAAUUCGAUAAAGCAAAGCGUAAAAUCUAUGAAGUUUACAAGUGUAAAUUAUCACAAGAUGCUAAAAUGUUAUAUGUACUAUUACAGAAAGCAUUAAAAGACAAAGAGUUUUUAUUACGUGAGGAAUUCAAACAUCCGAAAGUAUCGAUCGGCUCACAAUGUUGUUUAAUCAAUGAUGCAACUAUAAAUACAGCUAAUACUGUCAAUACUACAACAUUCGGUAACAAUACUUAUUACAACAAUGAAACAUACAUAAACAGUAUUAGAAAGCGAUCAAUGUUGCCGGUCAGUAGAUCAAUAUCUAGAAAUAAUCUCACUGGAAUCACUUCAAAUAUCUAUGUAGAGCAUUCUAAUGAAUUGAUUCAAAAGCAGGCUGUCACUUCAGCCUCACUACCUAAGUAUGAUGGUCAGUCAACAGAAUUAAUACAAAAGUUGAGUAAUGCCUGCAAUCCAGGCGGUAAACAUUAUGAUAAUACCUGGAAUGUAUCCUUGGUAUUAUUACAAACGGAUUUUAUCAGGGGUGCUCGAAUAAAUGAUACUGGUCCUAUCUAUAUGUUUGUAGCAAGGCAAAUUAAAUAACUAUCGAUAAGUGAGUUAUAGACUACUAAUAAGGUAGAAGAUGCUUUUUGGAACUUGAUGCUUCACUCUAGUUGUCUUUUUAAAGCUUCUAAAUAGAAAAAAAAAUACUGAUUUAUGAAUUUUAGUAUGUUAAAUUGUUAAAUUUUUUCGACUA